GGAGAGGAAGGCAGCGGAAUAGGCAGCCGGCGCAGGAGCCUCGUCGGCGGAGGCAGCAGCAGCAGCAGCAGCCGCCGCCUCCUCCUCCUCCUCCUCCGCCCUCCUUCGGACGCCGCCCGGGGCAGCGAGAGGGGAGGGAAAGCGCGGAGCCUCCCAGGCGAGGGCGCCAUCGCCCUUGCCCCUCGCCGCCGCCCCCGGGGCAACUUUCCCGCCCUCCCGGGGCGCCGCGCGCGGGCAUGAAGGGGCGGCCGGGCGGGGGUCGCCCUGGCCGGCGAGGGGCGGCCCUGAGGAGCGGGGCGCGCGCCUGAGCAGCGGGGUUCGGCGGGGAGGAAGGCAGGCAGCAGCCUUCGGGGGAUGGAGGCGGCGAGGAGGCGCCCGCGCUGAGAGGCUGCGCUCCCCCGGCGGCCACAGGUGCGCGGAGCGAAGAUGGCUCUGGACCAGGUCUACUCGGUGCUGGAAGUGUUCUUAAUAACUGUACUGGUGGUGGAAGGUAUUGCUCUGGCCCAGAAGACUCAAGGUGGGCAAAAUAUUGGAGGUAACCGCAUGGCAUCUACCCAGUGCAGUGAUUGGGUACGAACAAGCAACGGAGGCCAUUUCGCAUCCCCCAACUUCCCUAAUUUGUAUCCACCCAAUCAGGAGUGUGUCUAUAUUUUAGAAGCUGCCCCACGCCAAAGGAUAGAACUGACGUUUGAUGAACCGUACUAUAUAGAGCCUUCGUUCGAAUGUCGAUUUGAUCACCUGGAGGUUCGCGAUGGACCUUUUGGCUUCUCCCCACUUAUUGAUCGCUACUGUGGUCCAAAAAGUCCUGCCCUAAUUAGAUCUACAGGGAGGUUUAUGUGGAUAAAGUUUACAUCAGAUGAAGAGAUAGAAGGAGGGGGAUUUAAAGCAAAAUAUUCAUUUAUACCAGAUCCUGAGUUUACUUACCUGGGAGGCAUUUUAAAUCCAAUCCCAGACUGCCAGUUUGAGCUCUCUGGAGCUGAUGGGAUAGUACGUUCCAGUCAAGUAGAACAGGAAGAGAAAACAAAGCCUGGACAGGCAGUUGACUGCAUAUGGACAAUUAAGGCUACUCCAAAUGCCAAGAUUUAUUUGAGGUUCCUGGACUACCAAAUGGAGCAUUCAAAUGAGUGCAAGAGAAACUUUGUGGCCGUGUAUGACGGAAGCAGCUCUAUUGAAAACUUGAAGGCAAAGUUCUGCAGCACCGUGGCCAACGAUGUGAUGCUUCAAACUGGAACCGGGGUUGUGCGAAUGUGGGCAGACGAAGGCAGUAGGCUAAGCAGGUUCAGAAUGCUUUUCACAUCGUUUGUGGAUCCUCCCUGCUCAGGCAGUACCUUUUUUUGCCAUAGCAACAUGUGCAUCAAUAAUUCUCUAGUCUGCAAUGGCAUUCAAAACUGUGCAUAUCCUUGGGAUGAAAAUCACUGCAGAGAGAAGAAGAAGACGGGACUAUUUGAGCAAAUCACCAAAACCCAUGGAACAAUAAUUGGGAUUACUUCGGGGGUCGUCUUGGUUCUUCUCAUCAUCUCAAUCCUGGUGCAGGUCAAGCAGCCGCGGAAGAAGGUGAUGGCUUGCAAAACCACUUUCAACAAAACCGGCUUCCAGGAGGUGUUUGAUCCUCCUCAUUACGAGCUCUUCUCGCUGAGAGACAAGGAGAUUUCCGCCGACUUGGCCGACCUGUCCGACGAACUUGAAAACUACCAGAAAAUGAGGCGCUCUUCGACAGCUUCGAGGUGCAUUCAUGACCACCACUGUGGCUCUCAAGCCGCUACGGUUAAGCAAAGCAGGACCAACCUCAGUUCGAUGGAACUUCCUUUUCGCAACGAUUUUGCACAGCCUCAGCCAAUGAAGACUUUUAACAGCACCUUCAAAAAAAGUAGUUAUACUUUCAAACAGGGUCACGAGUGCCCGGAACAGGUCAUAGAAGACAGGGUGAUGGAAGAGAUUCCGUGCGAAAUCUAUGUGAGGGGUCGAGAAGAGGCGGCUCAGGGCACCUUGUCAAUGGACUUUUAGUCUCAUUUCAAAAGUGAGAUGAGUGUAUGUAAAUAUUAUAUAUAUAUAAUAUAUAUAAAGUUAUUAUUUUCAUGUACAUAAAUGUAUCAUAUGGGAUUUGGUGGAGAAAUUGAGUAUUUGCCUUUUUUAAAGAAACCCUUCAUUUAUCUUCCCCGCCCAUACACACACAUACAUAAAGGAAAGUGUUUCAUAAAGCAAAUUUCUUCCCUAAAAAAAGGCCAAUUUGGUUGAAAA